UCCCGACGCGACGCAUUGCUUUGGCGUCUGAAGGGCCCUGCUGUGUUGCGAACGAGUCGGGAUGGUGGGGGGGGAGGAUACCGAGAGGCUGCGGCGGCAGAUGGGGGUAUUAACAGGACCCAGCGCGUGUGUACCUUUUUUAGUUAAUGCUUGGAAUAUUUUGGCGACCGAGUUGUCACGUAGUGUCGUGGAAUGCGACGGUUGUUCUGUGAGAACGGCCGUUGUUGGAACGUUGUCGCGAGCGGCCAGCCGUUGACCACGGCUACUACAAGGUUAGCUAACUACAAGUCCACCGCUAUGUUGGGAUUCUAAUGUAUGGAAACAACAGAGCUGUACAGUGACAUUUGUGAAAGCUCGAGAUUCUUAAACUGUGUUAUGUGAAGGGCCUAUCUGCUGGUAAGUAGUAGUAAGUAAUAAACUAACUACUAGCUACUUCACCAGAAGUUAAUCAAGCAGACUAAAUAGAAAUCGUUUCAUUACACGUCUAACCAUCAACACCUUCAUAUACAGUAGCUACCUGUCAUAAUGUCUAAUUGAUAAAAAAAAAAAAGUAAAAUUGGUUGUGUUCAUUGAUUGUCAGACCAAAACCGAAAGAUACUGCAAUUUCAGUUAUAUAAAAUAGUGAAAAUCAUUAAACCCCUUAAAAUGUGAGAAGUUAGGGUGAAAAAAGAAAAUGGAUAAUCAAAAUUGAUUGUCAUUAGUUUUCUGUGAGUCGACUAAUAAAAGUCGACAAACCGUCUGAGCCUGACAGGACGGUUCACCCUGUCCUCUCUAGGCAUCUCGUUCAGAGAUGCUCCGCGGCUUGUCCUGUGUCUGGCCCCCGUGCGGGUCUCCGUGCUGAGCAACCAUUUGAGUAUUAAAGAGGUUCAUUGAGACACAACCCAGCAUGACGGAGGGUGUUCUCAUGACUUAGGUGGAAUAGUCUGGGGGCUACAGGCCGACACGAGGCUUGUGUUGGUGCAUGGUGCUGACUGGCUGGACGCGGCGAGCUAGCUAAUCGUUUCCAGCCUUGCUUUGCAAGUUUCUGCCAGGCCCUCGAGAUAACAUGCCUUGUUUGUUUAAAAAGAAGAGGAAGAAGAAAAAUACACGCAGCCACUUAAUGUCGUGUUUAUGUCUAGAGAAUGUUGUGGAUAACUUUACGGUUUUUAAAUUUCUCAGUAACUUCCACAAGAACCGGGUAUGUUGUAGUGAAGGGUGCAAGGACGAGUGGAACCGUUAACGUAGUACAUACUGCGUGUGUCUCUGUGUAGGGAGACGGAACACUUAAGUUAUUGACAAUAACAUGAAUUAGCGAGGGAACCGUCUGGUUCCGCUCGAGUGCACCACUAGGGUUUCUCUCCAGGUGACACCUUGUUUUGCAUGCGUUAAAAAAAAAAGCAUAAUGAAUGCAACCCUAUUUAGUGCUACACAAUACUGUAAACAGCUAGCACCUGCUGUUUUUUGGGCAGCGGUUGUGGUGGCUUUACAGGGUUUACUCUGUAAAUGUGUCACUGAACGCACCACCGGAGUUGAAAUGGUGCACUGUCAUCUUCUCUCCCUCCCUUCCUCACUCCCUCUCCGUCCAGCCUCCUCGCCCCGCAGGCUUGCUCUUCAUCCUGGCCUGGCCUCGUCUGCAGUGUGUUGGUGUGUGUGUUUGUGUAUGUAUGUGUGUGUGCGCAUGUAGAAACAUGAUGUCAUUGCUAAUUGCUCAGGGCUCCUGCCCUGUUCAGUUAAGGUUUAUAUUCUGCCCCUCUCCCCCCACUCUCCUCCUUUCUGCUCUUUUAUUAUUAUUAUUAUUUCCCUCUUUAUUUACUCUCCCUCCCUUUGUAGCAUUUUCUACAUAGGAUUUGCUGAGCAAGGAAAAAGUGACUUGGACAUUUAUGGGCCGAGUUUUGGUGCCAAGCGCUGCGGUUCUGGUGUGUGUGUGCGGAUUUUUUUAGCUUUGGUGUUCUAAAAAGUACCUCGGUUUCAAGAUCCCCCCCCCUCUUCUGCCGAGGUAGCCUCUAUCACAGAGGAGAGACACGCAUGUACACAGUGCGUACAGACGUGGACAGAAAUAGCAAUGCAGUAAUGUAAGCCCUGUGGAGCCGGUUAGCUCGUCAGUCACCCAAAAAUACCCAACGAUAUCUCGGCUAGCCCCAAAAGUGUUCUGCAGAUUGGAUGUAAUUAUGUUGGCAAGGCUAUAGGUGUGUGUGUGUGCGUGUAUGUGUUUGUGUGUAUGGGGGGUGUUGGGACUUUCUUGCCUUGCAGCACUAACCCGUUUAACUCUGUGUGUGGUCGAGGUCAUGCACAACAGCUGAUGAGAGAGGACGGUGAAACCCUGCAUGUGGAUACAGGCUUGUAUGACUGUGUGUGUGUGUGUGAGUGUGUGAGGGAUCAGAUAAAGAGCGUGGAGAUCCGUUAUCAGCACCCUGCUUCCCCUGUGAAACAACACCACUGGUCCGCCCUUGACCAAACUAGUGUGUGUGUGCGUGUGUGUGUGGGCAUGUGCAUAUUUGCCCGUAUACGAGUCCGACCAGAUUGGACAGAUGAUUGAUGGAGCAGAGAGUGGAUUCGUCCCAGGCUGUCGAGAAAACCAGACUGCGGUUUGUUUGCGUGUGUUUGUCUGCGUGUGUUUAUGUGUGUUGUUGCCAAUCUCUCUCUCUCUCUCUCUCUCUCUCUCUCUCUUCACUUUCAGCCCCCCCAUCGAUGCCCCUCAAUAGGCGUAUUGUGCCCACUGUCAGGCAGGCUGCAGUGAGUGUGUGUGUGUGUGUUGCAUUGUUGUUGCAGGGAGCAGACAGCCGUGAGGUGUGUUUGAACAGAGAAGGAGCACAGAGGCCCCGUUCAUCCUGUAGGGUGUGAAGCUGAGCGACGGGGCCCCCCCCUUUCUGUCCCGUCUGUCAGUCUCGCUCACGUUUCUUUUGACGUGUUUUCCUGCUUGAGCCGCAUCACCUUGUUGUGGCUCAGUUUGACGCUGCACUCUUUCUUCGCGCUCACACUCGUGUGUGUGUGUGUGUGUGUGUGUGCGUGUGUGUGCAUGUAACGUGUCGGGCCCCUGGCAGCCCAUCGCUGAUCGGCUGUCUUCUCGCUGUCAAGUCUGUACGCAGGUUAUUCAGAUGAGCUGUGGAAGCGGGCGAGGGCAGACGGAGUUUUCUGCUCUUUAAGGGAGCUGUACGCACACACUCUCUUUUGUUUAUAUGUUUCUGCUCCCGAUGUUGUCUUUUCCACUUGGCUGCACUUUCUCACGUACUGUACAGUUCAUCACUCCCAGUUCAGCUGCAUAAGGGUUUUCUGCCUCCCUCCCUGACUUUCAAACCCAUCGUCACACACUGUGAAAGCCCCGAAGUGAUGGAACAGGCUGAAAAAGGACAGACUUGGUAGUCUUAUCUCCCACCAUUGCUGCAUUCACCAGGAACCAUAUACUGUACCUGUUUAUGAGAAGUACUCGUCGUGACGUCACCCAUUGGUUUGUGUACUCCCUUUUUGAAGCCUUGUGUUCAGCAUUUUGGCCUUUCAAAUGCUAAAUUGACCGAUCAAGAAUACAAUCGACAGAAUAUUAAUAAUCGUUAGUUGCAGCUCUACAACGUUCAGUCACAGAGUGAACUUUUCCAGAUCAGAGAUCAGUUUAGUCAGUAGAUUACAGCCAAAACAAAGACAUAGGCCGUGUGCUGUAUGCCGUGUGAAAUAGUACCCCUGCUACAUUUCCUGAAGGGUCAAGUUUUACUUCAUGAAGUGUAUCAAUUUGUUCCUGUUUGCGAUGGUGCUCUUCUUCUCUGGUGAUUUAGCCCCCCCCUCUAUAAAACGCUACAGCAAGCCUUGCUCCUAGUUUUUGACAGAUCCUCCCUUCUGUCGUGACAAUGAACCUUGGGAGCUCAGGAUUGUAUGAUGGUGGUUCCUGCGUGAUGAGCGCUCAGGAUGACGGGCGACAGGAAUGUUGAAUCAUUGAUCUUAUUCGUUCCUGACAGACGCCUCCCUUGGGUUCACAUCCUGUGGGGGGAGUAGUGAUAAGUCAACAUCUGUGCUGAGGAUGUGAUUCAUGCGAUUGCAUAAUUUAAAAAAAAAUUUGAUUAGUUUUGUAGACAAGAAUUGAGAUGACUUAAACGGUGUAACUUUGAUGGAACAUGCGGUGCUGGAAAUGCUGCGUCAAGCUCGUCCAUGAGAGUACUCGGCUGGUAUCUGGGGGAAACAACGACGAUGGCUUCCACCGGUUGGUCAGGAGAAAGAGACGGCCGCUAUGUGAGAGGACGAGAGCGAGGGAGGGGAUGGUUUAAAGUAUUGGCGAGGGAGCGAUGAUUGCAGUGGUGUCUGUGGUUCCUUUGGCAGCGAAGGGACAUUCCUUUUCUGAUGAGUCACCCUCUCUCUCUCUGAUAUGUUUUCCUUCCUCACAUCCCCCCCUCCCCCCCCCUCCCUCCCCUCUCUCAUUCUCGGAGCGUCUCUCCUUCUUACUGUCACAAUCUCUAGUCAUUUUGUCAAAACUUCCAGCCAAUCAGAUCGGACCGGGCCGCGAUAUUAGUGCAAUCUCGUGGCGUUAUCGUGGACUGGCUCGCCACAGGCAUUUCUCAUGAAAUGCGAGAUAACAAGGCCACGUUCAACUCACAGUAACACACACACACACACACACAUAAUCUGAGUUCGAGCUGUGUCGUUUGUGUCUAGACGUCCUCUCGGAUGUCCUGUCACAUCUCAGCUAUAUAUAGGACCCACAGUCUCGUCACCGCUCCUGCCCUCGCCUCAGAUCCGACGGGGGCUUUCUUCACUGAGAAAGGGAGAGGGGUUUCAAAAACAGACUACUGAAGGAGAGAAGAGAGCUGUAACGCUUACAGUCCAAUAAGAAUCCCUCAGAAACUUUCUCUGCUGAUGAAAGAAGCGACGGGAGCUUGCAGCCAUCCAAAAAUAUGGAUAACAAGUGAAGAGGACAACGCUGCCUCGCCGAAGCCCCCGUGAUUGGAUGAGAAAAAGACAACCACUGGCUACCAGUAUGGAAGCGCGACAUCCUGGAGUUUCCCACAAUCCUUAGGUCUCCGAUCUGCAGCUGACCACCACUGAACCCUGAACCGUGACCAGCGCCGGUCCACGGCUGACCUCCUGUCAGGGGACCCCGUCUCGUGCCGUGAUGAUGUCGGUGGACGUGACCAACCGCAACUGCCCGGCCGCCACGCCUCCCACCUCGCUCAGCCUUCGCUCCUCGCACAACCAGCUGCUGAGCGGCGACGUCGUCCGGCAGGGCUCCGCCACCCCUCCCAAGUGUCGCAAAAAGUACGCGCUCACUAGCAUCCAGGCCGCGAUGGGCCUCGGGGAGGCGGCGGCAGUGGCGUCUUCAUCCUCGCCGUCUUCAUCCUCGCCGUCUUCCCCAUCGCGGUCCCCGACCCCAAACAAUCCCAAACUGGCCAAGAACGGAGCGAACCAGCUGCGCAAAGCCGGUCAGGAUCACAACAAGAACACGACGGACCUGGAUUCCGAGGCUAUGGCGGAUGAGCUCAAUGUCAACGCGGCCGAGGAGGAUGAGGGUCACGCUCUCACCAAUAACGACCGGGAGGAGGACGAGGAGGUCGAGCUGCUCUCAAACACCGACGCGGAGCCCGAGCAGAAAAGUGAAUCAGACAUGGACUGUGACGUUAACGCGACCGUAGAGCUCAAACUGAACGGCAACACGACAACAAACUUUGACUUGAACAUCGACGCAGAGGAGAGCGAUGACAUCAGCAUCCUGUCUGAGAAGGAGGUGAUGUCAAAGAUGAAGAUUGAGGAGGACGGAGAGGAUGCGGUGGCGGAGGAGGAGGAGGAGGAGGAAGACGGGGAGAAGAAACCUCUGCUGUCGGUGCGCAGCGAGUCUCCCGCGCAGAAGUGCGACGUCUCUCCGGGCCUGGAGCUCAUCUCCGACCUCCGCUCCAACCUCAAGCUCCUCAGAUCGGGCGGCAAGGACUCGCCGGUGCCCCCUCCGCCCUCGCCACCCAAGCACGCCAGCCAGGAGGACGCCCCCCUGCUCUCCGUGGCCUCCUGCUCCUCCUCCUGCUCCUCCUCCUCCUCACCGGAGACAAAGAAGGACAGACGGACGGGGGCAAAGACGGACUGCGCUCUGAACCGCAUCCAGAAUCUGAACCCCAGCGACGAAGAGUUGAGCUGGACCACUCUGUCCCAGGAGAGCAACUCCCCGGAGGAGACAGAUAUCUGGAGUGAGCAGUCCUUCCAGACCGACCCGGACCUGCCUCCUGGAUGGAAGAAGAUCACGGACAUGGCCGGCGUCUACUACUGGCACAUUCCUACGGGCACCACCCAGUGGGAGAGACCCGCCGCCCGCCCAGCACCCCCGGGACAGACCGAGUCCCAGGCUCCGGGCGAGCACGCGGCCUCCACGCCACGCAAGCACUCCCUGGGCUCACUCAGCCCCUCGCCCACUCCUGACCACGAGGCGUCCCAGGCGGAGGUCUUCUUCGGGGGCUCGACUCGCUCGGGCAGCACCACCUCCGACAGCUCGGUGGAGCCGCUCUCUGCUCACGAGCCCGUCCUCGCCACGUGCGGUUUCGUCAACAGCUGCUACUUUCCUCGCUCCACAUCUCUACAGGGGAGUCCUGAUCCAGAGAGUCGCUCUCAGCUUCUUGAAGAUGAGGACAAGAAACAGCCGUGGAGUGAUUUUGGCGGAAAGAUUGAUAGUGAGAUGUGGAAGGACCUGCAGGCGGCCACGGUGAACUCCGACCCCAGUCUGAAGGAGUUUGAGGGUGCGACGCUUCGCUACGCAUCGCUCAAGCUAAGGAACCGUCCAGAAGUGGAAGAAGAGCAGUCCAGCAGAGCCAACAGAGACCCGGAGACAAAGUGCUUCGCCGUGCGCUCUCUGGGAUGGGUGGAGAUGGCGGAGGACGACUUGGCUCCUGGAAAGAGCAGCGUCGCCGUGAACAACUGCAUCCGGCAGCUGUCCUACUGCAAGAAUGACAUCCGAGACACCGUCGGCAUCUGGGGAGAGGGGAAGGACAUGUACCUGGUGCUGGAGAACAACAUGUUGAACCUGAUCGACCCCAUGGACCGCAGCGUGCUUCACUCUCAGCCAAUCGCAAGCAUCCGGGUCUGGGGUGUUGGCCGGGACAACGGCAGAGAGAGGGACUUUGCAUACGUGGCGCGGGACAAAAACACCAGGAUCCUGAAAUGUCAUGUGUUCCGCUGUGACACGCCAGCCAAAGCCAUCGCCACCAGCCUGCACGAGAUCUGCUCCCGGAUAAUGACAGAGCGAAAGAAUGCCAAAGCGAUGGCGGGCUCUCUCCAUGACAGGAUGCAGGCCGGACUAGAUCUCCCUUUACAAGCAGAGUUCCCCACACCAAAGACGGAGUUGGUUCAGAAGUUUCAGGUGCUCUACCUCGGGAUGCUGCCUGUGGCCAGACCAAUAGGCUCUGCUCCAGGAAUGGACAUCCUGAACGGAGCUAUAGACAGUCUGAUUGGCUCGUCCAACAGAGAGGACUGGACCCCUGUGGCCCUCAACGUGGCAGAUGCUACUGUCACCAUCAGCAAAGACGAGGCCGGAGAGGAAGUGCUGGUGGAGUGUCGCGUUCGAUUCUUAUCUUUCAUGGGCGUCGGGCGGAACGUGCACACGUUCGCCUUCGUCAUGGAUGCCGGCGGCCAUCGCUUCGACUGUCACAUCUUCUGGUGUGAGCCCAACGCAGGGCAUGUGUCGGAGGCUGUGCAGGCGGCUUGUAUGCUGCGGUAUCAGAAGUGUUUGGUGGCUCGACCCCCUUCCCAGAAGGCCUGCGGCUCGUUGCCCCCCGGUGACUCGGUGUCCCGUCGGGUAUCGACCAGCGUGAAGAGAGGCGUCCUGUCCCUCAUCGACACCCUCAAACAGAAGAGACCCGUCACCGAGUUGCCGCAGUAACCCGCGCAACCGACCCCCGCCGCAACCCCCAGUCGCCAUAGUAACUAGUCGCAUCGCCUCCAAAAAAACCCGUCGUCACCGCAGACCCCAGUAACCUUGGAAACACAGCGAAUCCCCAGGGGUUUUGGGGAAACACAUUUUAGUUCGCUUCUCUGAACUAAAAUUGGAAUUUGGCCUCAAGAGUUUAUCGGCUCUUGGGGCGGAAUUCAAAUUUGUUUCCGCAAAAUAUGACAUACAUAAAGACUCUAAUCCCACAUCGAGAAGGAACCACCACAGAGAAACACCCGAUGUGGUGAUCGUGUACAUAGAAGUGACUCUCAUCCCCCCUCAGCACAGAGAAGGAGUGAGGAGAAGAGAGCAAAACCUGAAGAGGAAGUAGGAAGUGCUCCUUCCGGCACAGCGCGAGCUCAUUGCUGCCCAAACUGCUGAUCUCUCCGUGCUCUAAUUGUAUUUGUGUCUGUGCUGCCAGCAUGACCUUGCACACCUGGCCACACCCCCCCAUGUCACUCACCUGGUUGUCCUGUUAGUCUGUAGUGCCCCCCCCCCCCUUUCUCAUUGUCCCCUGUGGACCGUAACGUCAAGUGAAAUGGAAGGACAGAAUCGUGAAAGCCAUCGCGUCUGAUUUUCAAAUCGGCGCGUAAUGAGUGAAAGAAGGAAGCUGCUUCUGACUAAAAAUAUUGGGUCAUCAGUCUACACACACUAACCUGAUCCUGCAUGAACUUUUUGUAUCAAAGUGAACCAUUCUAGACAAUAUCGAUACACUGCUGCUGCUUACAGGAGGGUGAGAACGUCGGCGUGGAGGGUCUAAACGAGCGGUGACCUUUCACCCGAAACAUCCCUCAUACACUUCCUGUUUGCUUGUUGUUUUUUGUUCUUUCGUUAAGCCUUCGGGAAAACGACAGACGAUAGCCAUAAUGGAGAAGGAGAUAGGGAUGAACCGACUAUUCCUUUAAAUCCCACCUCUGCAUCAGUCCUCAGAGACUUCAUGUCCACUUAUAAAAACAGGAGAAAGGCUGGAGGAAUCAUUCGUAGAAGACAAAUGGAGGAAUGUGUUUUUGUACCUGCGGAGGUGAGAAGGAGAACAGACGGGUUUCACCUCCGGAUUCGGCUGUUUUUUUUGGAGAGGACAGCCAAACAGAGAGACGUGUUGACUCAAACCAACAGGACUCUCCCGGGCUGUUAUCUAUGUGUGUCCAGGGUUCUGUUCACUUGAAUUCUCAGUUGUUGUUGUUUUUCAUUGCCUCCUUACUGCACCACUGUUAUCAUCAGUGCCACUAGAUCACCUUUGGUCUGUUUUCUGUAGUUUUUCCUCUCACACAUCUCAAUUCAACACUGCUAGCUCCUCAUUAUCGCAUAUCUGACAAGCUUGGAUGUACGGUAAUAACUAAUGAAGUCUAUGACGUUUAUUACUCAGAAACAUCAGAAACAUAUUUUUUAACUCUGGAUGUAAGGCAGAAGAUGACUACCUAGCUAGUACAACUGUUCGUUAGCUAAAACCUCUGAACCGAACAGCGACUGUUGAGGGAGCAAGGUGUGCGUCUCCAGUCUGUCAAGCUUUAGGGCUGCUCCACGUGGUGAAGCAGCGUGUGAGGGGAAAAAGCUAUAAUGUAAGCUGCAAUUGUUAGCAUGUCAGGCUAAAUAGCUUACUGUAGCCAGUUAACUAUAUUUUAUGGGUUUACAGGUUACGUAAGAGAAAAAGCAUAACCUUUAUCAGAGUUGAUGUGAGCAUCUCUGUUCUGCUCUUUACUGGAUUUGAGGAAGUCUACACCCAGCAAAGAGCACCAAACACACGGUUAGUCCAGCUUCCUGAAAGCCUGAACCUCUGUCCCGGAUGUCCCAAGUAUGUAAGCUAAGCAGCCAAACAGGGCUAUGUUAAAAUGAAAUAACACUAAACGUACUAAUACUCGGACUAACUGGCUGUACGCUGCAACACAAGAACACAGUUUCUAUAUUUCCAUGUCUAAACGGAUCAUCAACUGCUGAGAAGUGUUUUUGCUGCUAAAUGUAGCUUUAGCCUGAGUCUUUUAGCAUGACGUGGUGUAUGCAGCCCUCAAGUGGUAUCUAAAGGAGGCUCAGCGAGCGGCCAUGUUUACUGCAGAGCCUCGUUGCCUCCGCGUCUUGUGCCGAGCUGUUGAACCAGUUCACCGCUAGUGGAGGGAACCAGGAGUGUAAUUGAGAUUCUAGUGAGAAAAUUCAGCCGCAUCACCUUCUUUUGUCACGAGGACGUUGAAAUGUGAAUGAGAUGACAAAAUGUGCGUGUACAUAACUUCAAAUUUAAUAUAACAUUUGGCAUUAAUCAUUGUUAUAAGCUAUCUUUUCCUUUUUAAUGUCUGUAGUUAUUUCCUUGUAAUGAAAUGCCUUCUUCUUUGAGAACUCACCAAAUGGCCAAAGUGUUAAAUAGUGAUAUACAUUGUUGUAGAUAAGAAAAAAAAUGCCAGAGCGAAUAAUGAAACAAGGAAAGGUGAUUGGACAUUUCCACAGUUGUCAAUUCCGUUUUAUGGUGAAUUUAACUGAGCAAUUAUCUAUGCAUUAUUUUGAUCUCGAGAAAAUGGAAAGUCGUGAAAAGCCUCGCAUGCCCGGACGGUGGAAGGAACGACUGUAUGUACUGAACAGAAAUAUUUUUUAUUUUAUUUAUUCUAUUUUAUAAAGGUAUAUACUGAUUUUAUUAGUUGGGGCAAGUAAAGUCUCUUGACUCGGUGUCAUUGUCUCGAUCCCCGGUUUACUCACAAUGCUCCAACAAGCUCCGCUUUGCAGGAAAAAAAAAAAGGCAAAUAAAGGAAUAUAUCUUCACCUUGUACAGUGUACUGAGAGCCGGGGGUCCACUGUUGGUCUCAACAGUUUGACAGGAGUCAAGAGGAAGAGGUGGAGGAUGAUGAUGGUGGUAAUAAUAGUGGACUCCCGGCGUCUCUGUCAAGCUCACUCACAUAAACGACAACAAACGCACACCUUUCCCACAGAUGGAUGUGUCGGCUUCUGUUUGCUGCUCACCGAUUUGUACACUUUGUCAAUGUAAUCAAUUGUGAGAAUAAACAGCAUUAUAAAACCGAA